GUCAAACAUGGCUGAAGUGCCGCCGCUGCCGCUACUGCUGCUGCAAGGAAAAUGCUGAGCCCUCCCGGGCCGGGUGGGCGGCGGCGGCGAGGGCGGCGACGGGGACCCGCUUCCCGGGCGCGGCGGCGGCGGCCAUGGCCCGGCUGGCCGACUACUUCAUCGUGGUAGGCUACGACCACGAGAAGCCAGGGUCAGGAGAAGGCAUGGGGAAAAUAAUCCAGAGAUUUCCACAGAGGGACUGGGAUGAUACUCCUUUUCCACAGGGAAUUGAGUUGUUUUGUCAGCCUGGUGGGUGGCAGCUGUCCAGAGAGAGGAAGCAGCCAACGUUCUUUGUGGUGGUCCUGACGGAUAUUGACUCAGAUCGACAUUACUGCUCUUGCCUAACCUUCUACGAGGCAGAGAUCAAUCUCCAGGGAACAAAGAAGGAAGAGAUUGAAGGUGAAGAGGAAGUGUCUGGUUUAAUUCAGCCUGCGGAAGUGUUUGCUCCCAAGAGCCUGGUGUUGGUAUCCAGAUUAGAUUAUCCAGAAGUUUUUAGGGCUUGCCUGGGUUUGAUCUACACUGUGUAUGUGGACAGUCUCAAUGUCUCCUUGGAAAGUCUCAUUGCAAACCUUUGUGCCUGCCUUGUCCCGGCAGCUGGAGGGUCUCAGAAGCUGUUUUCUUUGGGAGCAGGAGAUAGACAGCUGAUCCAGACUCCUUUACAUGAUACUCUUCCCGUCACGGGCACCAGUGUGGCUCUCCUGUUCCAACAGCUGGGAAUUCAAAAUGUCCUUAGCCUCUUUUGUGCAGUACUCACAGAAAAUAAGGUUCUCUUCCAUUCUGCGAGUUUCCAGAGACUGAGUGAUGCUUGUAGAGCUCUGGAAUCUUUAAUGUUUCCGCUUAAAUAUAGUUAUCCUUAUAUUCCCAUUCUCCCGGCUCAGCUACUAGAAGUUCUAAGUUCACCAACACCCUUCAUUAUUGGAGUACACUCUAUCUUUAAAACAGAUGUCCAUGAACUUUUAGAUGUAAUCAUAGCAGAUUUGGAUGGAGGCACUAUUAAAAUUCCUGAAUGUAUUCACCUCUCUUCCCUCCCAGAGCCACUUCUACGUCAGACUCAAUCAGCUCUUUCUUUGAUUUUACACCCAGAUUUGGAAGUAGCAGAUCAUGCUUUUCCUCCUCCACGAACAGCUUUAUCCCACUCAAAAAUGCUGGAUAAAGAAGUGAGAGCAGUUUUCCUUAGAUUAUUUGCACAACUUUUCCAAGGAUAUAGAUCAUGCCUACAACUUAUAAGAAUUCAUGCAGAGCCAGUAAUACAUUUUCAUAAAACAGCUUUCUUGGGACAGCGCGGUUUGGUUGAGAAUGAUUUCCUUACUAAAGUCCUCAAUGGAAUGGCAUUUGCAGGUUUUGUUUCAGAAAGAGGCCCUCCUUAUAGAUCUUGCGAUCUCUUUGAUGAGUUGGUAGCCUUUGAAGUAGAGAGAAUUAAAGUUGAAGAAAAUAAUCCACUGAAGAUGAUAAAGCAUAUCAGAGAACUUGCUGAACAACUAUUCAAAAAUGAGAAUCCAAACCCCCACAUGGCAUUCCAGAAAGUUCCACGCCCGACAGAAGGAUCCCACUUGCGAGUUCAUAUUCUUCCUUUCCCAAAGAUUAAUGAAGCCCGGGUUCAGGAAUUAAUACAGGAAAAUCUUGUUAAGAACCAGAAUGCACCUCCUGCUACACGAGUGGAAAAGAAAUGUGUCGUUCCAGCAGGCCCACCUGUUGUUUCGAUAAUGGAUAAGGUGACGACAGUUUUCAAUAGUGCCCAGAGACUAGAAGUUGUUAGAAACUGCAUCGCGUUCAUAUUUGAAAAUAAAACUUUGGAGACUGAAAAGACCCUUCCUGCUGCACUAAGAGCCCUUAAAGGAAAGGCGGCAAGACAGUGUCUCACUGAUGAGCUGGGUUUACAUGUCCAGCAAAACCGAGCGAUAUUAGACCAUCAGCAGUUUGACUACAUCAUAAGGAUGAUGAACUGUACUCUACAGGAUUGUUCAAGUUUAGAAGAAUAUAACAUUGCUGCUGCGUUACUCCCUUUGACAAGUGCUUUCUAUAGGAAACUUGCCCCUGGAGUCAGCCAGUUUGCGUACACCUGUGUCCAGGAGCACCCCAUCUGGACGAAUCAGCAGUUUUGGGAGACAACCUUUUACAAUGCUGUGCAGGAACAGGUUCGCUCCCUUUAUCUCUCAGCCAAGGACGACAAUCAUGCCCCACAUCCAAAACAAAAGGAUAAGCUUCCCGAUGACCAGUAUCAGAAGACAGCAAUGGACCUGGCAGCAGAGCAGCUACGCCUUUGGCCGACUCUGAGCAAAUCAACUCAGCAAGAGCUAGUACAACAUGAGGAGAGCACUGUCUUCAGUCAGGCCAUCCAUUUUGCAAACCUCAUGGUCAACCUGCUAGUUCCACUAGACACAAGUAAGAACAAGCUCCUACGAACGUCAGCACCAGGCGACUGGGAGAGCGGAAGCAACAGCAUCGUCACAAACAGUAUUGCAGGAAGUGUAGCUGAGAGUUAUGAUACAGAGAGUGGGUUUGAAGAUUCAGAGAAUAAUGACAUUGCCAAUUCUGUGGUGCGGUUCAUUACUCGAUUUAUUGACAAAGUUUGUACAGAGAGUGGAGUUACUCAGGAUCAUAUCAAGAGUCUUCAUUGCAUGAUACCAGGAAUUGUAGCCAUGCACAUUGAGACCCUGGAAGCAGUACAUAGAGAAAGCAGAAGACUUCCACCUAUACAGAAGCCCAAGAUUCUUAGACCUGCUCUGCUACCAGGAGAAGAAAUUGUUUGUGAAGGUCUUCGAGUCCUUCUGGAUCCUGAUGGAAGAGAAGAAGCUACUGGAGGUCUUCUUGGAGGGCCUCAGCUCCUGCCAGCAGAAGGAGCCUUGUUCCUCACCACAUACAGAAUUCUCUUCAGAGGGACUCCCCAUGAUCAGCUAGUUGGUGAGCAGACAGUGGUUCGGAGCUUUCCCAUUGCCUCCAUCACCAAGGAGAAGAAGAUUACAAUGCAGAACCAGCUGCAGCAGAAUAUGCAGGAAGGACUGCAGAUCACAUCAGCAUCUUUUCAGUUGAUUAAAGUAGCCUUUGAUGAAGAAGUGAGUCCAGAGGUAGUAGAGAUCUUUAAGAAACAAUUGAUGAAGUUCCGUUAUCCUCAGUCUAUUUUCAGUACCUUUGCUUUUGCUGCUGGACAAACUACUCCACAAAUAAUUUUACCAAAACAGAAGGAAAAGAACACUUCUUUUCGCACCUUCUCAAAAACAAUUGUAAAAGGUGCCAAAAGGGCAGGAAAAAUGACAAUUGGGCGACAAUAUUUAUUGAAGAGGAAGACAGGGACAAUUGUGGAAGAAAGAGUAAAUCGUCUUGGAUGGAAUGAAGAAGAUGACAUAUCUGUUUCAGAUGAUAGUGAACUCCCCACAAGCACCACCCUGAAGGCCUCAGAGAAGUCUACAAUGGAACAGUUAGUGGAAAAAGCUUGUUUCAGAGACUAUCAGCGUUUAGGUUUAGGAACCAUAAGUGGAAGCUCUUCCCGCUCAAAACCAGAGUAUUUUCGAAUCACUGCCUCCAACAGGAUGUACUCACUGUGCCGGAGCUAUCCUGGCCUUCUAGUUGUACCUCAAGCUGUACAGGACAGUAGUUUAACAAGAGUAGCCCGCUGCUAUCGGCACAAUCGCCUGCCUGUUGUAUGUUGGAAAAACUCAAGAAGUGGUACUCUGCUUCUCCGAUCUGGAGGAUUCCAUGGGAAGGGAGUUGUUGGUCUUUUCAAAUCUCAGAACUCUCCUCAGGCCGCUCCUACCUCCUCUUUGGAAUCUUCCAGUAGCAUAGAACAAGAAAAGUAUUUACAAGCCUUACUGAAUGCAGUUUCUGUCCAUCAGAAACUAAAAGGCAACAACACUAUUACUGUCAGGCCACCCCUUGCUCUGUCUCCAGGUGUAUGGGCAAGUCUUCGCUCUAGUACUCGCUUGAUCAGCUCUCCAACAUCCUUCAUUGAUGUUGGUGCCCGGCUGGCAGGCAAGGAUCACUCUGCCUCCUUUAGCAACAGCACCUACCUACAAAACCAGCUCUUGAAACGCCAAGCUUCCCUUUAUAUAUUUGGUGAAAAGUCACAACUAAGGAGCUUCAAGGUGGAAUUUGCUUUAAACUGUGAGUUUGUUCCUGUUGAAUUUCAUGAAAUCCGACAAGUAAAAGCCAGUUUUAAGAAGCUGAUUAGGGCUUGUGUCCCAAGCACUAUCCCUACUGAUUCGGAAGUAACCUUCCUGAAAGCGCUGGGAGACUCUGAAUGGUUCCCACAGCUUCACAGGAUAAUGCAGCUGGCCGUGGUGGUAUCAGAAGUACUUGAAAAUGGUUCCUCAGUUUUGGUCUGUUUGGAAGAAGGCUGGGACAUCACUGCACAAGUAACAUCCCUGGUUCAGUUACUGAGUGAUCCUUUUUAUAGGACACUUGAAGGCUUCCGGAUGUUAGUGGAGAAAGAGUGGCUCUCUUUUGGUCAUAAAUUCAGUCAGCGGAGCAGCUUGACCCUCAACUGUCAGGGUAGUGGUUUUGCUCCAAUCUUCUUACAAUUCUUAGACUGUGUACACCAGUUUGGAUUUACAGGAACUUUAUUUGAUGACAAAGGAGACAAGCAUGCCAAGAAAGGAAUUUGCAUUUGGGAGUGCAUUGACAAGAUGCACAGGAGGAGUCCCGUUUUCUUUAACUAUUUAUAUUCACCAGUGGAAAUAGAGGCCUUAAAGCCCAAUGUAAAUGUCUCCAGCCUCAGAAAGUGGGAUUACUACACAGAGGAGACCCUGUCCAUGGGGCCUUCCUAUGACUGGAUGAUGCUGACCCCCAGGCACCUCCCCUCUGAAGACUCUGACCUGGCUGGAGGAGCUGGGCCUCAGAGCCAGCGGAGAACAGUGUGGCCAUGCUAUGAUGACGUCAGCUGUACUCAGCCUGAUGCUCUCACCAGCCUUUUCAGUGAAAUUGAAAAAUUAGAACAUAAAUUGAACCAAACUCCUGAGAAGUGGCAGCAGCUGUGGGAAAGGGUAACAGUGGACCUUAAAGAAGAACCGAGAAUAGACCGCUCCCAAAGACAUCCAUCGAGUUCCCCAAGAAUUCUAUCUACCAACCUACCUUCCUAUCAGAAGAGGUCUGUGCUGCAUCUCCCAGACAGCAGCAUGGGGGAGGAGCAGAAUGCCAGCAUCUCCCCAUCCAAUGGAGUGGACCGAAGAGCAGCCACACUCUAUGGCCAGUACACAUCUAAGAAUGAUGAAAACAGGUCCUUCGAAGGAACACUUUAUAAAAGAGGAGCUUUGCUGAAAGGAUGGAAACCUCGUUGGUUCGUUUUAGAUGUAACCAAACAUCAGCUGCGAUACUAUGACUCAGGUGAGGACACAAACUGUAAAGGCCACAUUGAUCUGGCUGAAGUAGAAAUGGUCAUCCCUGCUGGCCCCAGCAUGGGAGCCCCAAAGCACACGAAUGACAAGGCUUUCUUUGAUCUCAAGACCAGCAAACGUGUGUAUAACUUCUGUGCCCAAGAUGGACAGAGUGCCCAGCAAUGGAUGGACAGGAUCCAGAACUGUAUCUCUGAUGCCUGAUGCCCAUGGGUCAACAAACACAGAAGAGGUAGAAGAACUCAUGCUGCCAGACAGAAUAAACAGCAUGAAUCUUUAAGGAGUUUGACCACAGGUCAUCCCCGGGGCCGGAGGUUCUCCUGCCCAGUCUUACCCCAUCCCCUCUGGCAGCAACCCCUAUGUCUACUUAACCUGAAUGAGUGUCACACAGGUCUGGUCAAGAGCCCAAGGCACUCCGUAUAUGUUGCACUAAAUUGUUGUAACAGGGUCUUAGUGGUUAGUGAUCAGAAGAUGCCUCCUGAGCCAACUGUUACCUGCCCCCAGGCAAGACAGCUACAACCUAUUUGGGGCUUUUUUCAUGAAAGCUAAAUCUUUUUUUUGUCCAUCAGCAUCAUAAUUUCCUUGGAGAGCUUUUAAAUGAGCAAAAAUCAAAACCCUCCAAGAUUAUCUCAUAUUCUACACAGAUUAGGUUUCCCUUGAGAGGCACCUCGUACUACUCGUACUGCCUUGACCUUUGAGAUGCUCGGUUCUCUGGUGCUGCCAAAAGGUGCUUCAUUGGUCCCUGCUCUGCCGUUGAGGUUCACAGCAAAAGACAUAAUUGCUCAGUGGCAGGCAAAGAGGGAGCACAGAUGAUUAUUCUGAUGGAAAAAGAUUGUCCAGGGAGUGAUGCAACAAUGAACAGGCCAAUGCAGAAAACACUGCUUCCAAAACACUGACUUCUCUAGACCAGAGGUGCUCUGAGGAUCCAGGGCCUGUGUUCCCAUGUAUUCAGUUCCUGGACAGCUUCUUACACUAAAAUAACAUGCAAAAAGCUGAAUGCACUAACCUACAAAACACUUGCACUGAACUCCUAAUGAAGUGAAGAUGUUGGAAAGAUAGAGCCCACCUACUUGUGGCCACACACCUGUGACAAGGGCUGUGUAGCAAUCAUACUGUGGCAUGACUGGAUACCCAAACAACACUUCUGCACAUGAGAAGAACUGUCUUUAGAUUUUCUUUACUUUUGAUAACCCUGUGUUUGUUCACCUUAAGAUUCGGGGAAUGCUGUUUGCUUACUGUAAAGAGAAAUGUCAUCCCUGCUGGGGUCAUAGGUAGCUAGAUCAUUACAUUUGUUUUGAAAUGUUAAUAUGUUAAAUACUAAACUAAUAUUGCAAAAAUAUGUAUAUAUGAUUUCUAUAUCCUUGUUUUUAGAUAGCCUGCUUAUAAUUUAAUAUAAAAUUAACUGAUUCAUUUAUAAUAUUCAAUAAUGAAACGGCUCCCUUUUUAAAAAAUAAAAAAAUACUUUGUAGAUUAAAAAUAAAUUAGAUUUUUCAAAUUUAAAAUUACAUACUAGGAAAUAGAAUUGUGUUAAUAUAUAAGAAAUUGGGGGAUAAUAAGAAUGAAGGACUUUUCUAUCAUUUUCAUUUUAUAAAUUGCCACCUGUGAAAAUGGUUUUGCACAUUAUUUGUAUUUUUCUUUGUAUAUGAAAUAAUUUUUUGUACUUUGUAAAAUAUGGAGCCCAUUGUACCUUCAGCUAUUUCAGACUGUACACAGUGCUUCUUUUGUAACUGGAUUCUUUUAACUUUCAUGAAGGCAUGACAUUGCCUUACAUUUACUAACCAUCUUGAAUUAAAUUGAUUUCUUAUGAAAAAGCAUCCCUCAUUCACUGUGAAAUAAAGUUCAUUCUGCAGUCCAGAGCACUCAGGAGGGUGACAUUCAGGAUGCAUACGAGGAACUACAGAUUAAGAAUAAAACAAAGCAUGCCC